CCAUUCGAUUCGUUUCCUCAGAAUCCGGAAUUCUGCUUCCCCUGUGCACGAGAAAAAAUGUCGUCGGUCGAGCUGAAUCCAAGGCCCGUGAGGGUGUCCCCUUUGAUCAAGUUCGGACGAUGGGGUAUGCUCGUAUCGGGUAUUCUCUACGGUGCCUUCCACCAGAAUCGAUUGAGCAAGAAGGAAACCGCCUGGCGUGAAGUGGAAGCCAAGAAGAAAGUGAUCAGGGACAAACAGUUGGCUGAGGAGAAGAAACGUGCAUCCGCGGCUGAGAUGGCGAGUCUUGAAGCAAUGAUGAAGUAGAUCACUCACCUCUUCUAGUACAUUUCAUCCUGAUUAAAGAAAUUAUAUAAGAUGUUUUGCCAUGUGAAUAGGAAACAACUUCUCAUUUCUUCUGCUGGAUACCAUCAGCCUUCGUUUCCAGAAUCCAAAAUUCUGAAAUAAAUUAUCCUUAGAUUAUAGAUUUUA